CUCGGUGAUCUUGGGGUCGAGAUUGCCGAUCCAGAGGCGGUGCCCGUCCUGCAGCGCGCCCUCGGACAGGAUGGAGGCGUUCUCGAGGGGUAGCGCCUGGCGGCCCGGCUCCAUGGCCGCGGGGGUCUGUCCGGGAUCGGUGCGAGCGCCAGGCCCGUCCCGCUCUCGCCGCCGCCGCGGGGCCGCGCAGGCCUCACCCCGCCCUUGGCGCCGCUCUAUGACGUCACGCGCGCACGCCGAUGACGUCGGCCGGGACGCGCAGGGCCGCGCGACGGUGGGUCAGAGAGGAGCUGGGAUGAUGGCUCUGGCACUGAGGUGGCUCCGUCCUCUCCCGUCCCUGCUGCACCGUUCGUCCUUCCUGCUGACCAGGGGGCUGCCAGGGGCUCCUAUGGGCUGCCAUGCCCUGCUCCUGGAGGGCUGCAGGCAGUGUGGCCAUCAGGUGCUGCUGAGCAGACAGCUUGCUACCAAAAAGGCUAAAGGUAAAGGGCAGAGCCAAGCCAAAGUGAAUAUCAGUGCUGCCCUAGUUGAGGAUAUUAUCAAUUUGGAGGAAACCAAUGAGGACAUGCAGGCAGUCAUAGAAGCUCUGAAAGAAGAUUUCAGCAGGAACAUCAGUGUUAGAACCUCACCAGGGGCCCUGGAUCACAUAACUGUGGUGACCAAAGAUGGGAAGUUUCCACUGAACCAGCUGGGGCAAAUCUCACAGAAAUCACCACAGCUCAUGAUAGUGAACAUGACCAGUUUUCCAGAGAGCACAGCUGCAGCUAUGAAGGCUAUAAGGGAGAGUGGCAUGAACCUGAACCCCGAGGUGGACGGGACGAUGAUUCGGGUGCCAGUUCCUAAGGUCACCAGGGAGCACAGGGAGAACCUGGCCAAGCUGGCCAAGCAGGCCACCAACAAGUCCAAAGAGGCCCUGAGAAAGGUGCGAAGCAAAAGCAUCAGCCAGGUGAAGAAGUCCAAGAGCAAAGUGUCAGAAGAUACCAUCUAUCUGCUAGAAAAGCAGAUCCAGCAAAUGGCAGAUGAGGCUGUCGCUGAGAUGGACAAGCUGCUGGCAGCAAAGACCAAGGAACUGCUUGGAUAAACACCAUCCCAAUGGACACACGGCCCCCUGGCAAGGAAUGGACGGCCACGUGCCCCAGCAAUCAUCCCUGCCUGGAGGCAGCAGCCUCAGGGAUGAGCAGAUCUGUGCCUUGGCUGCUCUCAU